AUGAUGAGUUCGGUAUUUGGGCAGCAAUCGCAGCAGCCGAAACAACCUUUUCAGGAAAACAGAUUCUCUAAUCUACAAAUUAAUUAUCCACAACAGCAGCAGCAGCAACAGCAACAACAAAAUAAUACACAAUCGUUGGCUCAAACAUCCACUUCUAAUGGGAAGGAAGAAAGCUGGUAUAACAUUGCAAGAAAGAGAAAUAUACCACAAACUGUAAUAAAGAGGCCAUCGAAACCAACAUCUUCUGGAGACAACUCUUCUACUGAUACAUCGACCCACAGAUCUGGAUUCAGUAGUGUUCAAUUUGGUACUAAGAACCCAACGUUUAAUUCUAGUCAACCUUCCCAACCUACAGAUAUUGCAACAUAUGUCGAGUCAAAUGAAGCUCCACCAACUAAAUCAUUGUAUGAUUGGCAAAGGGAAGAUGAAUUUGGAUCUGUAUCUACUAAUAUGUCUCUACCAGAAACAUCUCAUCAAAUAAACCUAUCUCAACGUUUUCCAAAAAACUCUAGGAAUGCGUUUGAUAGAAAUUCUGAAGCAACCCAUACUAGAGUAGGUAAAGAUGAGAUCAAUGAUUCAUCAAGGCCAAAAUCAGAAGAAAGCGCUGUAAUCGUAUUUGGAUAUCCUGAAUCCAUUUCAAACCAAGUCAUCCUACAUUUCUCUAAGUUUGGUAAUAUACUAGAAGAUUUCGAAAUUCUCAGAGGUGUAACAGGGAACAACAUAUCUAGUGCCACAAUUAGACUUCGUACGCAAAACAAAGAUUCGAAAGCACAAAAGAAGUAUCCUAUCUUUACUGGUGAUGGAUGGAUCAAAAUUACUUACGAUUCCCCCAGUGCAGCAUUAAGAGCUUUGCAAGAGAACGGUACUGUUUAUGGAGGCUGCUUAAUAGGCUGUGUUCCAUACAACAAGGCAGCCGUAGAACAGCUUGCAUCGUGUAAGAUUGAUAAAAGUGAUGACAUUGGAAACAUUCCAUUUAGCUUAUCAAUGAAACCUAACGGCUCAUCAUCAGCAGAUGCACAAAAUCGCAGCGAAGAUGAUAAUGACAGUAGAAAACAUGGUUCCAGAUUCUCUUUCUCGACAAGGAAACUUGAUGUAAAGGAUGGUAAGGAACUCUUUGUACAUAAUGGAAACUCCUCUCACAGUGGGCAGAACUUCUUAAAGAGCUUGGAGAACAAGCUAAAAGAACAGGAACAACAAGGCGGCAAUCAACAACCUACAGAUAUAGUGGGAAAACUCAAUAACUGGCUGUUCGGCUGGAAUGAUCUAUAA